AUGCCUGACAUUACAACGCUACCCGGUUAUACACCAACACAAGAUGGAGAAGAAGUUGAAGCCAUUCCCAGCCAUCCACUGGGAGUGAAACCUAGUGGAAAUUCUCUUCUAGCCGCAUGGAGUCUGCGGGAUGCAAUCGGUCUUUUCCAACGACUACCGGAUGAAUUAAUUCUACUUGUCUUGGAACAACUAGAUGGGUCUAGCCUCCUUCAGAUUGGGCGCACAUCUAAGGCAUUCUAUGCAUUCACAAAAGCAGAAGAAUUAUGGAAGACUCUCUUCGUUCGAUCUCCCUUGGAUGGUUUUACAUGGCGUGGUACUUGGCGAUCAACAUAUCUGAAUCUGCCAGCUUCCAAAGUCCCGUCAAUAGACUGCUCACAUCUCUACUCAGAUGUUCUAUACCGACCUUUCAACUGUGCUCAUAUCAAGCUAGACCCAUACGUCGCCAAGAUCCCUCCUCGAAACCAGAUUCCUCGCUUCCCAGACCUCACAUUAGAUGAAUUCCACUCAAAAUGGGCUGACCAACCAUUCAUAUUGACCGAACCAGUCAAGACAUGGCCAGUCUACAAGAAGUGGUCGUUUGGAACCUUGCUAUCCCAGUAUGGACAAGGUAAAUUCCGCGCCGAAGCAGUGGAUUGGCCUCUACGAACUUACGGUGAGUAUAUGGCCGAUAAUUCAGAUGAAAGUCCGUUGUACCUGUUCGAUCGUUCCUUUGUCUCCAAGAUGGGCUUGACAGUGGGUCCACCCAAUGAGACCCCAGACGCAUCUUACUGGCCACCAGAAUGUUUUUCGGAAGAUCUAUUCUCGGUGUUGGGUAAUGAUCGGCCGGAUCAUCAGUGGUUGAUUGUUGGACCGAAGAAUUCUGGAAGCCGACCUCAUACUGACCCUAAUGCGACUAGCGCUUGGAACGCAGUCGUUCGUGGUGCUAAGUACUGGAUCAUGUCUCCAGGUGAAAACCCUCCACCUGGUGUCUUUGUUUCUGAAGACCAGAGCGAGGUGACAUCACCUCUCAGUAUAGCCGAAUGGCUCCUCACCUUCCAUGCUGAGGCUCGACGGGCGCCUGGCUGUUUAGAAGGCAUCUGUAGUGAGGGAGAAAUCUUGCAUGUUCCAUCAGGGUGGUGGCAUGUUGUCGUUAACCUGGAGCCGUCUAUUGCCAUUACUCAGAACUUUGUUCCUCGUGCUCAACUGGGAGCUGCCCUGGACUUCCUCUCCAAUAAAGCUGACCAGGUCUCUGGUUUCAGGAAAGAAAUCGCGAAUCCAUAUGAGAAAUUUAUCAACGGGAUGCACAAAGCCUACCCGGAGCUUUUAGCCGAAGCACAGCUAGAGUUGCAGAAGAAAGCAGAGGGAAAGAAACGAAAAUGGGAUGAUAUUGUUCAUGGCAAGUCAGAGGGAGACUCAGAAGCUGCAGGUGGAUUCAGCUUUGGAUUCGGAGACGACAGUGAUGCUGAAGUCCCGUAA